AUGGGCGCUGCCACGCAUCCCGUAGCGGACGGGGGGCUGCAGCGCCACCGCAGUUUUCGCUGCCGUGCUCUGCCGGUGCUGCAGCGGGUGGUGCUGCGUGUGCUGCUGGUGUUGAGCGCUUUCCUCCUGACGACGUGGAGGACGACACCUUUCUGCUGCCGCGCACAUGGCGCACACUGCGGCCUCGCCCCAGGCGGCGAUGCUUCGGGGACGGGGAAGGGUCUCCGCGCGCUAUUGCCCGCCUUGCCGUUUCGGCAGCCUGCUGCGCUGCUGCGCUGCGCUGGUUUCGCUGUUGUUGUGGCAGCCACGCGGGCUGACAACGAUGUGAGCCGCCUGGGCACUUUGUUUGACUUUGGCGAUCUGGCCGCCGUGGGUGUGAGCGCGUCUGCCUUGAGCUCUAUGGUUGGCCAACACGCUGGCGGGAGCGGCAGCGAAGCAGCGAAGGCGCCAAAGACGACAGGCUCCUCCUCAAGUUCAUCCUUAGAGCUGUCGUCGUUGUCCUCGGAGUCAUCGCCGAUGGAGUCGUCGUCAUUCUCCUCGGCCGGCGGGAGCGCUGUUGUCUUGGUCGAUGACAGCGUCGCGAUAGCAGCACCGCCUCUCUCGUUGGCAGCUCCCGCUCCAGACAACCUCGGCACGCGCCGCUCACCUACCAAGCGCCUCGCUCUCCUCGGCCUCAUCGCCCUCGCGGUACCUGCUAUUAUCAUCGCCCUUAUAGUGUGGUGCAUUUGCCGCCGCACGCGCUACAGGCACAGGAUGAAGGAGCUGCGCCUUAACGGUACUCGUUGCCCCGGAGAAGUGGAUGACGUGGACAUGGGCAACGCCGUCAUGGGCGGCGAUUGGCUGAGCCUCGACGCUGUCGCGACAGGCAGAACUAGGAUCGGCGCAAACCGCUCGUGCUUCUUAAUUUCGGCGCCGUCGACGGCUGCGGGCAUCUGCGUGGACGGCAUCUUUGAUCCGAUCGGACAGCAGGCUGUAGAGGCGCGGCAGCGCAAGCGUGCGCGGCGCGUAGCUGUGGCUGCCGCCGAAGCCGCCGGCAGCCCGACGAACCGUGUCGGGAACAGCAGCAGCGGCGGCCUUGCGGACUCGUUCGGUGAUGUCUCCGGCGCUGUAGAGUCGGAGAUGUGGUCCAGCGAUGAAGAGGGCCGUGCCAAUGUCUAUUCACUGAGCGGAGGCACCGGCGGCGACGUUGGCGGUGCGGGGGGUUCUGCCCCAAUAUAUGCAACGUCCCUCGUUCUGCCGGGAGCUGGGGCCACGGGUGCCGGCGUUUCGUUGGGAGCUGGUCCGUCCCUGCACGGUGGUGCUACCGCCAGUUCCGCGAUAACAGUCGUGCCACCACUGGCUCGCAACUCGCAGUACUUCAACGACACGGCGCGUGUGCUGCUGGGUCGCUACAGGGCAAAGAACGAGAGUGGUGGGCAGCAGAUGCCGCCGUUAGCGUUACCAGACGGCGGUGGAGCUGCGACGCAGAGCCUACAACCAGCCGCGGGCACCGAGGUCGGCAGUAGCAACGCCGUGUUGAGCAAGUCCUACUCGGCCUUUGAGCAGAUUCUCUCGUCCACCGUGGCGCCGCUGCAGGUAGGCCGUGAGUUCCACCAGCGCGGUGACAGCGCGGACAGCGUUGAGAGGCCGAAAGGUCUCGCGGCGCCUGUACCACGGGACGGGGACCGUGCUGAGCGGCACGCUGAGAACGAAGACAUCGAAGGUGAGGAAGAGGAGCACGCCUUCCAGGAUGUCGAAGGGCUCGGUAACGAAUACAAGGACGAGGAGUACGAGGACGAUGACGACGGGUCGCCGCAAGGCCACAGCAGCGGCUCGUACGUCCCAGGCGCCCAGUCCGCCACACGCCCUGCACCGCGUCGGUCCCUUCGCUAA